AUUCUCCAUUUAUAAAUAGCACUGUGUUAGUGUGACUGAGUUAUAAGAUUACAUGGUUAACAGAAAUGUUAUUCUGUGCUUUUAUUGUAGGCCUGAUAAUGUGCUUCUGGUUUUGACUCAAGACAGCUACAUAAAAACAUUAAUUUUUAUACAGAACGCAAGACUUUUUCUGGGACGGGUUUUAAGAAUGGAGGAGGUGGUGACCACUCGUACAGCUGCUGCUAAACUACUGAAAAAGACUUUUCUCGAAGCACUGAUCUCAAACGACUUUGAAAAACUGGACUACCUUCUGUGCAACACAAAGCUUGAUGUGGAUACAGUGUUUGAGGUACCAGAUGAAAACAGAAUUCUAGCCUCCUACAAAAAAGGGUACUGGCUGCCUGAUUAUAAGCUUGCAGCAUCAUGGGCGACAGGCGUGCACAUAACUGUUAUGUAUAGACACUUACAGAGUUUAAUGGUAUUACUGGAUCACCAUGCUAAUGUGAACAGCCAUCCAAAUGGAAAAACACCAUUGCAUGUUGCCUGUGUGAUGGGCAGUGUUGACUGUAUAACCCUGCUUCUAAAUCAUGGAGCUAAAAUAAACAGCUUUUCCUUGAGUGGACAUGCACCUUUACAUUUUUGCACAACAAAGGAGAUGUUACCUUGUGCAAAACUACUCUUAAGCAGAGGUGCAAACCUUAAUGUGCACACAGAUGAUAACUUGGAAGAAACCCCGCUACACACAGCUACACGCCAUGGGCUUCCUGAACUAGUGGCAUAUUACCUCGAAUGUGGGGCUGAUGUUGAUAGCCGUAAUGCUUAUGGUGAAACCCCUCUUGGCACUGCUGUUUACUGGGCUUUGAAUUUAAAAGAUCUGGAGUAUAGCUCUGAUCACCAUUUGAUUUGCAGAAUGCUCAUAGAUGCUAAUGCUAACAUCAAUGCGAGAGAUGAAGAUUUCAGAUCGCCACUCCAUAAAGCAGCAUGGAACUGUGACCACAUCCUCAUGCAGAUGCUGCUGGAGGCGGGUGCAGAAGCCAAUGGCAUGGACACUAAUGGCUGUGCCCCUAUUCAGUACCUUUUGAAAGUGAUAUCUGUACGCCCUGGAGCCCAGCCUGAAAUCUGCUACCAGCUGUUAUUAAACCAUGGAGCUGCAAGAAUAUAUCCAUUACAAUUUCAUAAGGUGUUGGAGUCUUGUCACUCUUAUCCAGAAGCUGUUGAAGUACUCAUAAACUCAUAUGAACAUAUCAAAUCCACAAGAAAGUGGAGAAAGGUUAUACCUGGAGAUGUUUACAAGCAACAUCAGGCUUUUUAUGAUUCCUUGUUUGAAGUGUGCAGUAACACCCCACGUACUCUAAUGCACCUGGCUAGAUGCACCAUCCGAGCAACUUUCUGGAAAAGAUGCCACAAAAUGUUUCCAAUCCUGCCCCUCCCACCUCGACUGAAAAGAUACCUACUUUUAGAACCUGAAGGAAUUAUUUACUAAUCAUUUCCCUUUCCUGAUAUAUCAAAGGUCUUUGUUAUUAUGUGAAAGUUAAAUCUGCAAAUUAGGUGAUAUUAACCCUGCUCAUGUCCGGUGGAAAGAGAUCUGACUAAUGACAAACUGCAUACACAGGCUUGUUUUACAGCUGGAUGAGCUAUAAUACAUAUAUGUUAUAUAUAGUUAAUUAUACCAUUUCCCUGUGUUUCUGAGUUUUAUUACUUGCUGUUCCUGUAUAUCCCUAUUAUAUGUCACAAACAUGUAUACACAUAGUGCAUUUGAUUUAAUGGGAAUUAUUUUGUACAUAAAUA